CACGCUGUCCCAAAUGAUGCACCUUGUAUUGCUUUUCCCGCGCUGUGGGUUAUUGACUUUAGUGACUGGAUUAUAGCUUCCCACAUUAUUGCGCUACCUAAAGGCGUCUGAGAAGAUGAGCAAUUUACUGACAAAUGUACAUCGCAGUAGCCCGGUUGGUGCUUAUGAAGCGAGCAAGAGUUGCAGUACCAAGGAAGAGUUUGUUAAAAUCAGAAAGAGAGAUCUGGAGAGAUUAACAACAGAGGUGAUGCAGAUAAAGGAAUUCUUGCCAAGAAUAUUAAAUGGGGAACUUGUGGAAACUUUGCAAAAGCUAGAGGUGGCAGAAUCAUCUUUGGAAAAGAAAGAAAAAGAGCUAAACGAAUUAAGACUGGACUGUGAACAUUUGAAGGCUCGUCUGGAGACAGCACUGGGAGAUGGUCAGCGUGAAAAAGAGGAGAAACUGGCAUUUCGUCAACAGCUGAGUGAAGCAAGACAGCAGCUUCUACAGCAGGCUGAUUAUUGUACACAAAUGGGAGCUGCAGUCUGCACUCUGCUAUGGAGUGUUUCAAGCAAAGAAGAAACAGUGAAAACCAUUCUUGCUGGGAACAAAGCUGUGAAAUUUUUCACUGUGACAGGGCAGACAAUUGAAAGUUUUGUCAAAUCUUUGGAUGGAGAUGUGAAACUACAGCAAGACUUAGACUCUGAUGAAAGUCAGUUUGUAUUAGCAUUAGCCGGCAUCAUAACAAAUAUUGCAGCUGUAGCAUGUGGUCGAGAAUUUUUAGUAAAUUCUUGUCAAGUGCUGUUGGAUACAAUGAUGCAGCUUUUAGGCGAGAUGAAACAUGGAGUUUGUACUAAGCUUAAAGUGUUAAUGCUGAUGUCAUUGUACAAUGUAAGUAUCAACUUAAAAGGUUUAAAAUACAUCAGUGAGAGCCCCGGCUUCAUCAUAUUGCUUUGGUGGCUUUUGGAAGAUACAGACACAGAAGUGUGCCACUAUGUUUUGCGUCUCCUACAGUCAGUGAUUUUGGAGCCAGAGGUCUUUUCUAAGAUGAUACUUGAGAUCCGGGACACAGUGCCAGUUCAUCGGAUUGUACAGCUAUCAAAGAAUCGCAAUCCAGACUUGCGCUGUGUUGCACAAGAACUCCUGGAGGACUUACGAUCACUGGAUACUGAAACAUAGUACUGAAUGUAGCAGAUUUUGGUGCUUAGCGUUACUAAAUGCUUAGAGCUGGUAUGCAGGACUGCAAAGAUAAUUUUUUAAUGGGCUUGAACUGCAGCAUUUUUUUCUAUAAUGUUAAUUCUAAUUAAGCAACAUUUCCAGCAGUAUUAAUGAAAAAAAGUUUUAUUUUAAGGUAAUUUGGAUAGUCAAGUAGAUGCUCAGUCAGUUAAGCAAAUAAAUAUAGUUGUUUAAAGAAAA